CUUUUAUUUUAGAACCAAUAAAAUAGAAUAGAACAAAUUACCAAAAAAAAAAAAAAAGAAUAUUAGAACAGAAUAGAAGAAGGUACCGUGUGGGUCCCUAUUUUUUAUUCUUAUUUCAUCCGAAAAAGAAAAUUAAUAAGGUUAGCGUACAAGUAACAAACAAACAAUCUCGCUCAUCAAAUAAAAAACAAUUUAAUUAUGCAGAUCUUCGUGAAAACCCUAACUGGAAAAACUAUCACCCUUGAGGUUGAGAGUAGUGAUACCAUUGACAAUGUCAAAGCCAAAAUUCAGGAUAAAGAAGGCAUACCGCCUGAUCAGCAGAGACUGAUAUUUGCUGGGAAACAACUGGAAGAUGGUCGAACCUUGGCUGAUUACAACAUUCAGAAAGAAUCAACUCUUCAUCUUGUUCUCAGGCUCAGGGGAGGAACUAUGAUCAAGGUGAAGACUCUCACUGGAAAGGAAAUUGAGAUAGACAUUGAACCCACCGACACCAUUGAUCGUAUUAAGGAACGUGUCGAGGAGAAAGAAGGAAUACCUCCUGUGCAGCAAAGACUUAUUUAUGCCGGAAAACAGCUAGCAGAUGACAAGACAGCUAAAGACUACAAUAUCGAAGGCGGUUCUGUUCUUCACCUUGUUCUUGCACUAAGGGGUGGCAGACUCUAGGUUGCAUUUAACUUGGUGAUAACUUAGACGUCCCGUCUUUGUUCCAUGAACUUUAGAUGAACAUUUCUUCUCUUCCCCUCCCUCUUUUUUGUUUAUGUACGAUUGGAAUAAACCGGAAUGCUUUUGGUUGAA